CACGAUUCGCGAAUUUUCAUUUACUAUAGUUAAUGAAUUUAUAUCUUCGAUUUUGAGGAACUGCGAAGGUUUUAACUGGGUAAAGAGAGAGCGUGUAAGGGAUAGUUUGAGCAACGUAGUGAGACGACGUUUAGAAGGCAGCCAUCUUGCAAUCCCUAAUCAAAGCUCCUUGGCUAGCGGGUUUCGUUGUCUGGUUUUUGGCCAGUUAAUAUCAAUACACAGUCCAUCAAAUGGCUUUAAAACGAAUUAAUAAGGAACUUCAGGAUCUGGGAAGGGAUCCACCUGCACAAUGCUCCGCUGGCCCGGUAGGAGAUGAUUUGUUUCACUGGCAGGCCACUAUAAUGGGACCACCUGACAGCCCGUACCAGGGAGGAGUAUUUUUCUUAACAAUUCACUUCCCAACAGACUAUCCAUUCAAACCUCCUAAGGUCGCUUUCACAACCAGAAUCUAUCACCCUAAUAUCAACAGUAAUGGAAGUAUUUGCUUGGAUAUAUUGAGAUCGCAGUGGUCGCCGGCGCUCACUAUAUCAAAGGUGCUGCUAUCAAUAUGUUCUCUGUUGUGCGAUCCAAAUCCUGACGACCCUUUGGUGCCAGAGAUAGCAAGGAUAUACAAAACCGACAGGGAGAAGUACAACGAAUUGGCACGCGAAUGGACGCGCAAGUAUGCCAUGUGAUGCGCCAAUAAUCGUUGACCUUAACAUCUAAACGCCACCACCUCUAUCAGCAAGCAACCCCAGCCAUUAUGCCACUAACCGAUCAACACCGAUUCAACCUAGCAGCGGCCUGUCCUCUUUUUACGUUCACGCUGCCUGCCUGCCCGCCUGCAAUUUCUGCAAUGCCUGCAGACUCGUAGAACACGCUCGGACCAGUCGUCAUCAGUCGUCGCCAGUCGUGAUCAAUAAUAAUUAAGUUCAAAACUUCACAUCCCUUAGCCCUGACAAUGAGAGGAGUUGGAAAAAAAGGAAUAGGAAAACCACACAGACUAAGGUUUUUGAGACGACACCGCGAGACAGAAGCAUAGAAGUUGAGGCAAAUUUUAAAAAAAGGUGGUCACACAAAAACACGCAAACACACUACAUACACAUGCAUCCCUUACACGACACAAACAUUAACACAAAAAAAUACGCCAACUCGACACAAUAUUAUACACACGAAACACGGAAACAAGAGGAGAAGGAAACAACAACAAAAAACGUUGAAAAAAAAACAAUAAAAUAAAACGAAAACCGUAAUGUCUGCUUUGAUUUUCGUAAAUAAAUGAAAUUUAAAAUAUAGGAGAGUGAAAGUAGGAUUUGUAUUUGAACUUGAUAGUUUAAUUCCUAAUAAUUAUGCUUAUGAUGAUGAUAUGAUAUUGUAAUAUUGUAUACCUACUUUCUCAGUAAAAAAAGAAGAAUAGUUAAAGAAGGAAACUAAAAUACAAACAAAAAUCAAUCGACUGCAACAAUAACAAAAAAAAUGAGAACAACCUCGACUGACAACCCGCUGAUUGUUAGUUUUGACGUAACAAAAGCAAACUGUCCCUUGAAACUAUGCGGUUAUUUCUUUUUUGUAAGACUGGGCUCUAUAUAAAUACUACUGAAACUAUACCUA